AUGAAAGGCAAAUUGUCAGACAAAACGAAUGCUACAACAGAUGCAGGUGAUGAGCAGAAGGGCGGACAGAACAAGACUGGCGAACAAUGCACCCUAAUCAACUAUUUGAAGCAGAAGAAGGAUGAGACAGCAGAUUACAACCUGAAGUACGACAUUAGCAAAUGUAUUGAGAUACUCGAAGGAAAAGAGAAUCAGGAGGUGACUGAGAUAAAGGAUGCACUCUACAACGUGAUACUCGAGAAAGAGGAGCUGUUUAAGACAAAUUGUGAAUUGGUCUGUGAGAUAAACGACCUGAAGAAUUUCAAAGAUUGUAAUGGGAAAUAG